AUGCGUGCCAUUUUCUCUGCCACUAGGACUCACCCCUCGGAUCCCGCUACAGACACGUCUCCGUCCACGUCGCAAGCUUCGCCGCCACCAUCUCCUCCUGCACCGCCCUCUCUAUCCAUCUCUACCCCGGAUGAGUCGGUAACACCACGCAGGAUCAAGUCGAAAUCCUCACUACGAAGCCUUCGAAGUAUCGGUAGCAGCAGUUUACACGAAGACGAUUUUGACGAUACCCAGUCCGAUAAGUCGCUCAUCCGCCCGAACAUCCUCCGUCGCCUGUCGCCCGGUUUAGCGGCACGCGUGAAGCUACUUGACGGCAACGCCAAAACAGCAGGUUCUUCUCGCAACGCCGGAGCAGUCGGUCGGAUUCCUGAGGAGCAGAUCAAGGAGUUGGAUAGUCUGCAUCACAAGAAUAAUUCGAUUAAAGUCGAGAAGAGAGGUCGCGUUUGGAAUGGGAUAACCUUUGUCAGCAAAAGUCAAAAACAUCAACAACAGCAAUUACACGCGGACGUGCCUGAACCAGAGCCGGUCGCUGACCCAAUCCUUGGGUCGGAUCAGGACGCCCCCGCCCUCGACCAUAUCGAAACAGUGGAAGAACAGGUGGAAGAUACGCCAACAGCGAUGUCUGUCGUUGAGUCAGCCCCAGCACCGCUGGGCCCCGAGAUAACUGGUUCUAACGUAGAAGAUCAGACCGAGGCCCAGACAGACUUCGAAAAGUACAUCCAGAAAACCAGCGAGCUUGAAGAAAGCGGCGCCCCUCCCCCGCCCCCGAAAGACUCCCCUCCUCAAUCGAUCACAUCGUCGAACAACCAGUCCUAUUUCAAUCCUCGUGGUUUACAACGCACAGAAUCCAUAUACUCGUUCUCCCGAUCCUCCUUUAGCAAUCAGAUAUCUCAGCUUACGUCCAUCGCCCUCCCGCAGCCGUCGUCGCUUGAAGCCAGCAUCGGCUCAAUCUCGAACGCCCCCGCUGCAGUAAAAGCCCUGACCAGCGCCGCAGAACAAAUUCAGAUAUGGAUUAGGAAGGCUUCAGGUGUCCUCAGCGGAUUGGAUGCAGAAGAUGAUGUAGAAUGGGCCGCGGCCGGUGGACGGGAGGGUCUCGAUGGUGUGGACAAGUCUAUUACAAAGUUCGAGAGCCUAGUGAAUGUCUACGUUAAAGCGAUCGAAGAUGUGCAACUGCGUGGCGACAUCGCUAAUGUUAGCACCGAGGCCUUGGAGACGAUCGUCACCCAGAUGGACACUAUUUUACAAAGCUGGGCCCAGAUAAAAUCCCGACUUCGAGCAGUCAAGGAACAAGUGGAAUUGGCCAUGGAAUGGGAAGAACUAUGGAACAGUGUUUUAGGCGACGUGGGCGAGGAAGUUGAGGAGUUAGAAGGGCUAGUCUUCGAGAUGGAGGCCAAGCGACACUUCAAUCUAGCGGAAGAAUCUACCGGGAUGGAUAUCAACGAGCUGGAGACGAUUGUGGAAGAAACGCCGUCUGGUGGACGAAUGCCUUCGAACAAGCGGUCCAGUAUGGGUUCACUCUUUCCUGCACCGCCUGCAUUAGAAAAGCCGAUUAUCCAAACACCGCAGGAUGAUACGAACCAUUCCAACCUUGUCGGACUCUUUGCCCGUCUCCAGCCUUUGCGCGCAUCGCUUGAUUUCCUGCCCAUGAGGCUUUCCAUGUUCCAAUCACGUGCUGAGCGCCUAUUUCCGUCCGCUUGUGAGGAAUUGGCAGGGCGAUGUGAUGAUCUUGAAAAGAGCUACAAGAACCUCCAGGCAGAUGCCGAUUCACUACGAAAGGAAUUGGAAGAAGACCGGUGGGUCAUUGUUUUCCGAAAUGCCGGUUCCCAAGCGCAAAAAAUGUUCGAGUCUGUUGAGCGAAGUAUUUCCAAGCUGCAAGAAGGUCUCGAGACGGGUAUGCAUUUGCAUAAUCCCGCCGGGAUGACCAGUCGAAUUGAGAGCUACGAAGCCAAGAAGCAGCACUAUCUUCCUGCUAUCGAGCGAGUGGUUACAAUUACCCAGAAGGGUGUUAGUGACCGACUUACUGUGAAUGGGGAGAUCCUGCGACUUCUGGCAGAAAUGCAAUCCAAGGUCGAUGCACUGAGAGCCAGCAUCAAGGUUAUGGACUCAACCUUAGAGGAUAUUCAAGACUUGAGAACACAACAUAUGCGUGAUUCCAUUUCAACAGUUGUCACAAUGGAUAGUCCAGCAACGGGAAGCCUCGUUGACACGCCCGGCAGCUCACCAGCAUCCUCGGUCAUCAUGACGCCUGCGAACAAGUCAACAGCACCGUUCGGGUCGUCCAGUCGCCGUGGUAGUUCCGUCGGCUCUGCUGCUCGAACGUCGACUGGCCGCCGAGCUUCAGGGCUACCGCAGUUAUCGUCUAACCUGAAGCCAAGGCAGUCUAGCAUCCCCAAGACGACUUUGACGGCUCCGUCACCGACACCAACGGCACGGAAGAUUCCGCAACCCGUACUCUCGCCAGCUAUGCUUAAUCGACCGCGAUGGAAUGGCAGCACGAACACAUCUGAUCUGGAUAUCGGACAUAAGCAUAAGGGCUGGUCACCAUCAUUCUCCCAGUCGUCAGGGCCCCCUCGCGUCUCGCGCCCAUCCUCAGCAAUUCCGCCGCGGGACGUAUCUGCGUCCCCCGUACCAAGAACUUCGAGUCGCCUAUCUAGUCGUUUGGCCUCGCGCAGCCCCGGACGCAUUGCAUCACCGUCGUCUGGUCGGUCACUCCUGGAUCCUCCCCCCUAUAGCAAACUCCGGCGCCCUUCUGGAGCCGAGAACAUGCCCAACACACCCCGAAGCCGACAAAGCUUUGCGGGGAUGUCCUUUAGUCGCAGCGUCUCACAAGACCAAGAUCGAAAUCAAGACAGCCCUUCAAAAACCACUCGCCCCGGAACAGCGCUCGGGCACUCAGGCAGCCGCCGGAUCAGCCUGCUUCCUUUGCCACGGAACCGUAAAGACAAUACCCCGACGACGCGAAGCAAACUCGCAGAACGACCCCCAUGGCGAGGUUAA